CGAAGAAAUUCAAAACUCGAUCCCUCUUUGUGUGACUGAUCAGGAUGUCCGUUUCGUUACGCCCGCUGCGGCAUUGUUGGUAUACGCCCGUCGAGGUUGCUUCAUUGCGUAUCUCGUCACACAAGACUACCACUACUUUCGCACGAGGUUUCGCUUUUCGGCCAUCGGCGUCGGUAUGGGCCCGGCAGGAGCUGCAGCGUCAAGCACAUCUCAUGAGAGAUGAUUUUGGCAUUUUCGAUCACUACGUCCCACCAAAACUCGUACAGCCAGUUCCCUGGUCCCGGCCCAAACAUAAGUUCCGCGACCUCUACCGCGACAUCAAGAACGGUAUCUUUAACCUCAUCUCCGUCGCCCAAUUCAAACGCAAAAUCAAGCCCGAAAAGCUUAACUUCCGCGACCUCCGCGAAUCUGCCUGCGAACUCCAUGUCCAGAUGAACACCGCCUUCGCCGAGGGUGACAGGAAAACGUUGCAAGGUAUUGUGUCGCCAGCGUUGUUUAGGAAGUUGGAGAAGAAGGUUCAGGGGAGGAAGGAUGCGAAGGUGAAGGGGGCCAGGAUGGAGUGGAAGUUGCAUCGGAUGUUGAGUCAGCCCAAGUUGGUGUGUUUCAGGGCUGCGAAGAUUUCUGUGCAUGACGAUAUGCUCGCACAAGCCAUCAUCAGGAUCCACUCGGAACAGAGCGUCACUCGAUGGGAAAACGGAAAGAUGGUCUCCGGCUCAGAUCAGCCAGUUCCUAUGGUCGAGUACAUCGUCGUACAGCACAGGACUUGGGAGUUGCCCCGUAGGUGGUACAUACAGGGACAAACCCACGAGACUCCCAUCUCCAACGAUUUCACGCAGAGCACCGGCAGUGGGUUGAUGUCUAAUACUCCCCCACGGGCAUAAGU